AAGAACUUCACCUCGCUUCGCUCGCUCGUUCGAAUAUUAUCCCAGUCGACCUGCAUAUCCGGUGUCAUCGCUCCGAGUCACUUUUAAAACUAUAUUUAGCAAACACAUGUUGCUAUUCUCUGUGAAUGAUCUAAGUCUUUGUAUGAUUGAACUGUCGCGCUCCGCAUACCUACAUGCUUAAAGAAACAAUCAAACCGUAUUGGAUUGAAUCAGCGUGGUUGAUCUAAAUUUACGUGUACGAUCGUGGUUUUAUGAGCACUCAUAUAUUUCGUGUUUUAUGACAGGUUGGAUUUAUUUACAUUUUAAUCAGAUAAACUUUUCUAUCACUAGGUAACCAGUAUAAGGUACCUAUUCUAAUCAUCAGCGAUAAAUAAUACUAGCUUUUGCCAGCGACUUCGUCGUCGUGGCGUUAGUAAUUUGGGAAGCUUAUUUUUUAUCCAAUCUGCUUUUUAUCGAUUCUCCAUACAAACUCCACCCCCUUAAAGGAUGACUUCUGGGAUAAACACUACCCUAUGUCCUUCCCCGGGACUCAAAUCUCUAUAUUAAAUUUCAACUAACUCGGUUCAGAGGUUUAGCGUGAAGAGGUGACUUAUUUUUUAUCCAAUCUGCUUUUUAUCGAUUCCCCAUACAAAUCAUCCUUUAUGGGGGUGAAAAGGGGGGUGGAAUUUUGUAUGGGGAAACAAUAAAAAUCGGAUUGGAUAAAAAAUAAGGUACCCAAAUUACUAACUCCACGCAGACGAAGUCGCGGGCGAAAGCUAGUAAUGUCAUAAUUUCUAUCGUAAUUGAAAAGUCAUAUUUUCUAACCUGAUAACUUAACUGUGACUUAUGGUACCACCAUUUCUAACAAAAAAUGUAAAUCGAAACAUACAAAUUGAAACCAUUCGCAAUUUAGAAGUCGGUUAAAAAUAUGUGUAAGUACUUACCUAUUAGACUUAUAUUGACGGGGAUAUAGACCAUAAACAAUACAACCGGGUAAUCACGGUCUAUAUCCCGGUCAAUAUAAGUCUAGUGAAACUAACCGUGUAUCAUUCAAAACUCACUUAGGUACUAUCGGCCAAAGCCAGAGUCGACCACCUUAAAGGCGCAUUUUGUUUGAAGCGGGAACAUCUGCCCGAGGCUUGUCAGCUUUUGUCCACCAAUGAAAUUUGGGGGCGGACCACUAGAAUUUCUUUUGAAGUUUUUUGUGAUUUUCUGUCAGAAUGUAAACAGUGGUCCAAUAAGAAUAACAGCAAAAUGUUAUAAAUAUAUUAAUACGUAUUACAAAUGCGUAUUACAAAUUGAAUAAAAUGAUAGUGUGUCUAAUCUUUCAAACGUUUUAAACGUAUUUUUGUAAAUGUUUAAAUAUGAAAAUAAUUGAUAGUUUAAAAGCACUCGGAGAAUACGGCCACGGCAUUUUUAACCAAAAUUAGGAGGGUUUGAUGAAAAUGCAAAAAUGUUAUAGAAACACCAACUUUUAUUAAGUUUGCGAAAUGGGGAAACAAGCAUUGCUUUAUAGAAUCAACUAACAACAACGCCAGUAGUGCUUACAUAUUCGAUGAAAACGAACUGGAAGAUUUGGUUCAGACAAAAAUUAACAAUCUCGACGGCUUUACCCAUCUGGCUUUCGAUCCUUUGAGCCGCGAUGGGUUUUAUUUUUCUUUAUAUCAUGAUAUCUUACGGUGGCCCUGGAAAGGAUUGUUACAUCAUUUUAAUAUGCCACCAUACCUCAAUAUAAAAUUAAAUAAAUAAAUAGAUUGUGUCACGGAUUACUAUCCGUAUUACAUAUUUGAAUAUUAUUGGAAUAUUCAAUUUCGACGUUUCAAGUUCUCUAUAGCACUCAUGAUAAUUGUAGGUAAUUACUUACCAAAUUUUACAAACAUCUAUAAAACAUGAAAUAAAACAUUUCAUUAAAAAUUCAAUUUUUAGGGUUCCUUACCCAAACAGUAAUAAAAAACGGGAUCCUAUUACUAAGACUCCGCUGUCCGUCCGUCUGUCUGUCCGUCUAUCACCAGGCUGUAUCUCAUGAACCGUGAUAGCUAGACAGUUGUAAUUUUCACAGAUGAUGUAUUUCUGUUGCCGCUAUAACAACAAAUCCUAAAAACAGAAUAAAAUAAAUAUUUAAGUGGGGCUCCCAUACAACAAACGUUGUAAAUUUAAAUCUAAAGAACUCUGGUGUGAAUUUGCCUUUUGUCGAGCCACCUUUUUAUCUUACUGACUGGUUAGGUUGAAAAUUUCAAAAAAAAAUAAUGGAGCAACAACAAUGGAGGAACAAGUUCAACAAAGAAUUAGAAAUAAUACUACUAUAGAACUGUUUUAUUAUUUAAUUGUGGUCCCAUAGUAAAUUAAAAAGGAGCGCUGUGCCUCCGCUCCUGCAGAGGAGCCGGUGGCCACCAUAUAACAGCCGCCACAAGGUCAGGUGGUGGUGUUGGCGGCAGUGUAGGUGACCUCGGCGGCGAGUCCAGUUCGCUCGCCGACGAAGUCGACGCCUCCGGUGUCGGCGGUGGUGUUACACCGUCCGGCGAUGACGGUGGUGGCGUAUUAAUUCCGCUGCAAACAGAAUAAACAGUUUAUUACUUAUUUUAAACUUUAUUGCACAAUGCACACAAAAAGAGUUCAAAAGGCAUGCCUUAACGUAUUCUCUCCCAGUCAACCAUUACGCCAAACAGAAAUGUGUAAGCGCUGGGGAGCGCUCAGAAAUAGAGACCAAAAAUAUAACCGAUCUAGAAUAAAAUUAGAACAGAUUUGACAGUGGCAGUUAGUUGUUAUCUUAAUUUUGAUCUUCCAAUAUCACGUCAUUAAUUAGAACUAAAUCACUAUGUCUAAAUCCUAAUAUGUGCAAAUGAUAAGGUAUUAAUACUACGUAUAUCGAUACCCUAGUGGUCAAUUUUGACUUAUUUUGUAGAAAAAUAAAUAUCUUUGCACCAGUGAGCAUACUAUAGUGUAAUCACCAUUUCACUGAAAUCUUAACUUUUUUCGGAACUUCCGCACAGUCAUAUGGGCACUAGGGUAUCAAUAUCCAAAAUUGGUGAUUUAACUUUAUUUUUAAAUACAAUAUUAUUCCAUGAGUACUUACUUUCUUUCCAUUUUAGAACACAAACACAAGUCUCCUGUUUCACGUAAGAUCUCACAAGACCAAAUGACGUCGAGACGAUGUUAAAAUAUUUUGGAUUGUUCGAAGUGUUAAUAAAUUUAAGUUUUAGCCACUUUAGUUCUGGCACUCUCAAGUUCAGUCGAUAACAGCUAACAAAUCAAUUCCCUCUGCAACAUAAGAGUGAAAUGUUUACCACAAUUCUCUUUUGCAUAACAAUAACGCGCUUUUCUGUAAUAGCUAUUUUUUCUUGUAGUCUAGGGACUCUGACUUAUGUUAUAUGUUAGUAUGACAUGCCAUGAUUACAAUUUUCUCCUUUUUCGGGCAGUCGUGUAAAAGAUGUCAUUUUUCUUUUACAUUUAUAUGUGAGUAAUAACAUCGAAACUACAAAAAAAACCGACGAUGGGUUCCAUAACAUUACGCAAAAAACGGCAAAAAAAUCACGUUUUUAGGGUUCCGUACCCAAAGGGUAAAAACGGGACCCUAUUACUAAUACUCCGCUGUCUUGUGAAUUUGUGAUAUUUCAUGGUAAGUAAAUUAUUCGACACGUGAUGCUGAUGGUAGUCGAUAAUGUUAACUAUAAAGACUACUUAAUAUUUAUCACUUAUUUAUUGUAGAUGACUCUGAAACACGAAGCAAUGGCUAUAAAAAAUAUUAUGAUCACGGCGCGAGGACCUUUUUUUGUUUGCGAAAGUGGACUGAAGGACUCUAGCAGGAAGGAGAUAACGCAUCGGAAGAGCACACGAGCUUCAGGACACGAAGACAGCGAGAGGGUGCGGAGGACGAGGCGGAGGGCGCAGAGGCACAAGCAGCAGAGCAGCCGGCGUCGUCGCCGGCAGCUGAAACAUGCUGGGGGUGCGGCAUGCCCCUGCGCCUUUGCCUUAGAGGGCCUCAGAUGGAACCCUCGGCGGCUUCAAUACCGCCGACCCCGCCACCGACCCCGGUUGGGGUUGCGCGCCGUAUUCGACCCUCAAGGCCGGGCUCGGGGCGGACCAGGUCGCGGCCGGUUGCUAUUCCGGGGCGUCAAGACCGACGCACCCGGCCGCCGACCGCAGCAUUACCCUGCGCGGCGCCAGGGUGCAUGCUUUGCAGAAAACCCUACUAGGACAGCCGCCGCCGUGAAGCCGCGGCCAUCACGUAUUAAAUUAGUAAAUAAGCCUACUUAUUAUUAUAUUUUUUUAAUAAAUGUAUGAGUAUAACCUUAUAGUCAUACAUUUAUUCAAAAAAUUAUAAUUAUUAAAAACUUAGUGUAAUCAUAAUAUAAUAAGCCUAAAUUUUAAAUAUUAUCAAAAAUUUCAUCCACUUUGUAAAAGCAACCUCUCAAUAAAAAUAUUUUCAAUUCCCUAUGAAACACCGAGUGAUCCGUAAUGAUUUUUAGUUCAGUAGGCAAUCUGUUAUAAUGGCUUAUGGUUUUAGAUAUAAGUGUUAAAUGCGACUUGUGUAAGUGUAAUUUGUUUGUGUUAUUUGUGUAAGUUUAGUUUUUAGUUUUUAAUAUAGAUUAAUUAUUGUUACCGCG